CCUAGGCCCCCACGUUCUCGAUCGCGGUCUACAUCAUCUGAUAGAAGAGGACGCCGAGACCGAAGGUACGACAGGGAUUGAAGGCGCGACUCGAGGGAUCGUAGACGCGACUCAAGAGAUCGCAGCGGAAGGCGUCGUUCAUCUCAAGAUAGACACUGUCAUCGCCGAAGCAGAUCAAGAUCGCGAUCAUCGCGGCGUGACGGAAGACGUUUCCCGCCUCCCCCAACCGGAGAUCCGGAGGUUCCCGCUCCACGACAGAUUCUUCCAGUUUCAAAAUUCGCGACGGACCAGCUGGCCUCGUGGAUGUCGGUGGGACUGCCGGCGACCUCGACUAAGGAGUUGAGGGACACUUUCAACCCGAAUUUUGAGGACGCAACUUUCUCCCUGACAUGCCCGAAGAUGGACGAUGUAGUCAAACGGCAGCUUCUGAGGGACAGGAACGGCAAAUACAUCAAUCAGUGGGAGCUGAUCUGGAAAUUGACUCAACUUAAGGUACUCGAUGUGGCCAAACCUUUAAUGUCGCUUUGGAAUCGCUUCCCGGAGAACUCGGAGGAGGCCGUUAUUCUCGAGUCCGCCAUUCGUCUCUGGGCGGAAGCGCACUUUUACAUUUCAAAGAACCGUAGGUCCAACGUGAUGAACAGCGUCUACCCACGUUUUAAAAACCUGCUGAAAGACCCAUCUAAGUUUUCGCCGGCGGAAGUGGGCCAUCUCUUCGGGCCUUCCUUUACGAGCGCGUUACUUCAGGCGGCAGAUGAAGACGCGAAAUUACAGAAAGUUGCGGCAUCAGGAAGAGGAAAGAGCUUGAAGAAACCUCAUCAGCAUCCAGCCGAAAAGAGAGCCGAGCAGCAGCCUAGCACAUCAAGGCACAAGGAUACCGGAGAAAAAAUAAUCUAUCAGACAAGGAGCAGAGGAGGAAAGAGCGGCGGUUAUGGGCCGGCAGGUGCCGGGAAGGAAGCAGCUAAAAAAUAAAGAAGCAGCAACAGAAUCACGCAACCCUUUUACCCAACCGGUUACUGGCCAUGGAAAUAUUCAAAAACAUUUUUUGUUUGUUCAGUUUGUCUGUUUUUCAUUUGUUUCCUUUUGUUUGAAAGAUGUACGGUCAGAUGUCCCCGUUAUCCCCUCUAGUUUGUUUUUUGACCCGCACUCAGCAGCUUGAAAAAAGU